AAUCGAAUUAAAUGUGUACAAUGGACCAUAAAAAACCAGAGGUGAUCAAAUCAAGCAUUACUUAUCACUAUCAAAUUGCGAAUUGCUCAAAUUUCUCCUCCUUUGUUUCGUCUAAAUUCGAUUAAAUCAUUCGCACUUAAUUUAUUCAGAAUCGCUGUCGACGAGAUUAUCAGAUUGUGUCUUUUAACACAAAGGCCAUGGAAAAAUAAUUUCCUAAUCUAUACAUAAGCGCGGUGCUUUUAAGAACUCGUAACUCAUUCAUUAUAAUAUCUACCAAUUACAAUGAGUAUUUCAUAUUUCUAAUUUGUGACAGUCGUGAAUAAUUUAGGUUAAUGUAUUCGUAGUUCCGCCGGAUCACCUGCUGUCCAUGCACGCUUACGAAGGGAGCUUUGAGAAAUCAGAGUCGCUUUUGAUGAAACGCGUUACGAAAAAACUUCGACAACUAAGAUGCUGGCUGUUUCAUUUCUGGGCAAGAAAUUUAGCUGCGAUGCACAGUUUGAGGUUGCCAAUGAAAACGAAGGCGACGGACUGAAACUAAAUUUAAAAAUUCGUGAAACAUGCAAAGAGUUUCUGAAACCACCAGGACCCGUUCUCGCCACACUUCAUGUGACCAUCAGCAAUGGACGACGGAAUGACUUCACGAAGUGUAAAGAACUGUUGACGUUUUUAAAGGAGCAAGUUCUGCCAAAGACUGUGAAGCUGAUAAACUUGAAGACGAUUAAAAAAGUCAAAGAUGAAGAAAAAAGAGACAGAGUCAACUUAUUAAGCUGUAUGAGGCCUGGGAAGUCAAAAAAGAGAAAAGACGAUGCCAAGAAGAACUGUUCACGAGGUUACUCCUCUGAUACUGAAGGUUUAACACAAAAGUCUCUUAGCCUGCAAGGCAUUUCUGAUACCGAUGAUAGACACCAGACCUCAAACGCCGGUAUCCUGGCCACGCCCAUGCUUGUCCGUACAAAGCUAUUACGCAGAACAAACCUUAAAACAAAGGAGGGCGCCGUGAAAGACACGCAGAAAAAUUCCGGUAACGUAAAUGUUGACGAUGAAAACAAAGCGUCCCAUCACUCAAUGACAACUUUUGACAAUGUCGGGACAACUCUAAAUGAAGACCAACGAAAAGCUAAGGAGGAGAAAGUAUGGUACAAAAAAGAGACACGUCCGCAAUACGUGCAAAAUAAACAGUCAAACAGCUCUAUUAAAACUACUGGAAAUUCUUUAACUGACAAGGAGAACACUUUAACUACAAAACAAGGAGGCUUCAACUUCGGACAACAAGAUGAUUUAUUAUUGCAAGAAGUUGCUCAAAACAGCAGCAGCAGUGUUUUGGAAUUGUCCGGAGUUCAGAAACACAAGAUAGAUAUCUUCGCAGCUGAGCACGUUGGUAAGAUUUGCGAAACAGCCCUUUCAAAGAUAGUGAUGGAGAAAUCUCAGGAGGUGGCAAAGGACUUUGUCACGAACGUUGUUAGUCUAGCCAGGCACAGAAUUAAUCUACAAUCUCAAGAUGAAGACGUUAGUUCUCAAAGCAGAGAUAAUAUGGAAAAGAAUGAUGGAUACCAAGAGAGUCCAAGCUUUAGCAAGGUGUGGAAGUACUCACAACUUUUCGCGGCCGACCAUGCACAUGAGAUCCCUGAAUCAUUGAGACUCGAAAAUUCGCGCCUAAAUGGUAGCAAAUUUGACACAUGUUCAAAACUCCGAAGUAAAGGGGACGUACAGGUUAAAAACAACAGCCAAUGUGAUGAGAUGGGCAAUGAAGUUGUAGAAUCACCAACGUCGAGUAAUUGCAGCCUGACAGCAAACUCCUCCAAUUCGUCAAGUCAGUCACUGGAACUUCAUAAACCAAAUACGAAUAGCGAUUCUUUGCCAACGUAUGUGCUUGAUAAUGAAUUAGAUACCCGCUCUGAACUUAAAAAAGCGACAAACAAUUCUCAACCUUUGCAAGGAGUGAGCUCUGAAUUUGAACACUCACAUGAUGAGCAGGUCUUAGCCAACGAUCAGCUUGACACAAAAGCGAAGUUUGACGAGAGUGCAUAUUCACUAGAAGGGGGUGGUGUGACCUCUGUAAGUUGUCACACUUGUGCUAAAGAAGUUCCCGUCGAAGGAAAUGAGGAUAGUAGAAAGACAGAAUCGGAGAAAAGCAUUGAUAUCGGCAUUGUUACUUCUGUAAACGAUUUGGACGAAACAAAUUACGAGAAAGACUCAGAAAGUGAAAACAACACUUGUUCCCAAACUGAUGAAAGCGGUUUUUGUAACGAAUUGAACUCAGAAGAAAACGAAAGGGCCAAAAAAGAAGAUGAACAUGCUUCUCCAAGCAUUUUUGUGGGAGACUUUUCCAGUAACGCAGCGACGAAAGAAACAAAUAACUUACCAGCAAAGAAGCACGACAAUGGUGGCAGAAACGAGUUCAUCUAUCGUCGAAAACCUCUUUACAAAAGAACUGUGUCAGAAUCUCAAGCUUCGGAGAGAAGGCAAUGGUGCGCUACGGAGCCUGGAGGCGAAGAUUUGCAGGCAACUUUUCAUGGUUUCCAUUCCUCUUGUCGGCCGGAUAGUACCGCGUCAAAGUUUGUUCGAUCAACGUCGUGCCCUGUAGUAUCAGAGGAUGAUAUACUGAUUGAGAGCAUGCUCAGUCAUCAUCAAGAUGUGUACGAUUCACUCGCCAAGAGAACCUGGAUCAUACUUCACGUACAUGAACUGUGGAAUGGUGGGAAACCGACGGACGCCAUUAAAACCUGCAUCGAGCUGACAGGAAUGGCGGAUUUCGAGAAGGAUCUGGGCACUACUUGUAGGUUCAACUCUCCGUACGCCCUGAUGUCACGUGAUUAUGCACUAUUUCUGAACAUUCUUCAGCAGUUGCCAAGCAGCUGCUCGAUGUGGACACUAGAUCUUUGUGUACUUCUCCUUCCAAAGCUUAAAGGAUUUAUUUCUAAUCAACAUCACACGAGUCAUGUUGAUAUGGCCUGCAGCAUCAUUCACAUUGUAUUGAAGAAAGUUGCUGUUGUCGCUCGUCGCACAUCAAAGGGAUCAAAGAACAAAGAGAAAGAACAGAAGGUCAAAUUCUGCACCAAUGAGCUGAAAGAAAUCAAAGACAUGGCGUGUGACGUCAUACAAGUGGUAAAAUCCUGCAAGAAAAGCAACACAGAAGAUUCCGGAUCUAUGAAAUUAGUGCUGAAGGAACUUCAGUUAGCGUUAGGAACAUUUUUGAGCAAUACAACUCCUACCAAUUGAUGCCAUUACUUAGACAUCUAUUUUGGUCAACACGACAUUUCUUUUGUUGAUAUUCGUUCUGAAUUUCUAUGAACUUUAGCCUACAUUUCAGGCUUUGGCUCUUAGUUUAGCUAUCAGCUGAAAGACCUAUCAGGAAAUUUACUCAUCGUUUGCUAAGAAACGUUUUUAAUAGGCUUUAUGUGUCCCUUCUUUGUUGAAAGAAUCUGGGAACGAGGUAAUCCGCUGAGAGAAUUAAGUGCAGACUCGAGUGUUGAUUCCCGUUUUUGCGCCUGCACUCACCUAGCUCUGCGUUUCUCCACAAACUCAUCUCGAGCCACUGGAGAGAAAACUGUUUUAAUGGUUCUUAGAUCUUUAAGUUAAUAUUAAAAACAAGAGAUAAAUUUAAACGCAAUAUGGGACCUGACUAGAAUAAUGGUGAUUGUUAAUAGGCAUUGGUAAGUCAUUGAAUGAUAUGUUUAUCUGAGUUCUUGACGGUCCCGUAAUUGGUAUGGCAUGAAAAAAGAAAUGACUAACUGAACUUUUUUUCGGGCUAAAAGAAAGAGCUGAAAUAACGAGAUCCAAAAUGUCGGUGAUCUGGCCUAGCGUAUUAGUAAUAGUAAUUGGACCGAGAGGAGUACAAUUCAGGGAGUAAUCGCGCGAGCAAUUUCAGAAUCGGACGAGCACGAAGCGCGAGGCC